AGGAGAGUCCACGUAGCGCGCGGAAAAGAGACCAAUAUAAACUGUGGCGGGAGAUUUCGUUUUCGGGUUCUUGUCCCGUGAAACACCCUCGGCUGGAAAGUCAGUUGCUUGCUUUCAUCUCCUCGCAUUCGAACAUGGUGCGGACUAAAGCAGACAAUGUCCCAGGCACUUACAGAAAAGUGGUGGCUUCUCGAGCCCCCAGGAAGGUGCUUGGUUCCUCCACCUCUGCAACUAAUUCCACAUCGCCUUCGUCAAGGAAAGCUGAAAAUAAGUAUGCAGGAGGGAAUCCAGUUUGCGUGCGUCCAACUCCCAAGUGGCAAAAAGGAAUUGGAGAAUUCUUCAGGCUGUCCCCUAAAGAUUCUGAAAAAGAAAAUCGGAUUCCUGAAGAGGCAGGAAGCAGUGGCUUAGGAAAAGCAAAAAGAAAAGUAUGUCCUUUGCCACCUGAUCACACAGAUGAUGAAAAAGAAUAGAACUUUUUUAUUCAUCUUUGACUAAUGUCUCCUGUUUAUUCUGGUAUCCUAGGAUGUAAAUUUGCAUAAAUGUAUUUGUUCCAAUUAACUUUGUUGAAUAGGAAUUUAAUUUAAAAAAUGAGGUUACAUAUAGUUAUGCAAAAGCAAGUAGUUAUGAUAUUAGAGAGUUUGUAAGAUUAAUCACGGUUAUUUACCUUAGUAUUCAAUAUAAUGUGGUAUUUGGUUUCUUUUACCUGUUGUUAAACUUCUUGUUCUUGCUAAAAACAAAUCAUUGUGUGAUGUUCUAAUUACAAAUCUGCUGUAUUUGAGAUUUGCUUGGAUCUUUGUACUGCUGCCAUUUUUAUUGGCACUAGAGUUUUGGAAUGAUGCCAUAUUUUUGUUCUUGUAUUUUGCUUUAAAAAGCAAAGUUAAACUUCUGCAUAUUAAAAAAAAAUCAGUAUUAAUUAAACUGAACCUACAUCCUUUUUAAGAAGGGGGGUAAAAAUGCAAUGUUGAAAAAAUUUGGAUGGCUGUCUUAGAAAAAUGUAAGGCAAUUUGCUCCUGAGGGUUUAUUUUAAAUGGUCGAUAAAGCUUCUAACAACAAAAAAAGAUAAAAUACUUACAAAGAAUCAAGCAGGAAGAAUUCAUAGACUCCAUUAAAAAAGGACUAUGCAUUUGAUUUGGUAUCAUAAAAUAUUACCUCUGGGCCUAUACUUUUAAAUUUGGAAAUCAACAAAACAUGAAAAGCAAAUCAUGCCAUUCCCAGAGCUAUGUCUAAAGUCCUUAGAGCUACCAUUAUAUUUUUCAAGAUAACCAGGGCAGAAGUAUAAUUGAAGAGGUGGGUAUAGUAAUACUUAGUAACAGGAAUUCUUGCUUCCUCAUCACAUUUUUUACUCACUGACAUCUGUUGUCAAAACUAGUCAUGUUUUAACAGGCAGGUUUUUCUGAAGUUUGUUUUUAAUAAAUGAAUACUUGUUUUCACAAUAGACUAUAUCCAUUUGUGUGCUUCCUAAGAUUAUAUUCUACUAGAUACUUCUAUUUUAUUACUUCCAAAUACAGAUCAGUGCAUUGACCUGAUUUCAACUUUCAAACUGCACCCUGAUGACUGUAGAUUAUAUUUUUUUUGUCUUUUAGAGGUAACUAUUAAAUGGAAUGUUACUGAAGUGCAAGUAGAAUUUUUAUUCUAAGUACUUCCUUGAUAAUUAGGCUUCUUAUUAAGGAGUAGCUCAAAUGAACACUAUUAAAGCCAAGUUUUGAUGUGUCUGAAAACUGAUUUGUUGUUUUUGACUGAUGGAAACUUUUUUGGUGGUGUGUUCAAUGAAGUCUAAUUUUGAUAUAUAAUUGUUUCUAAGAAAGUUUGACCUAAAGAAACAAUCUUUUUAAA